AUGGUGACUCCAAAAGAAGAAACUGAAUGGAAUGCAGAUGAUAAGAAGAAAGUGGAGCUGAACGUUAAAGCCAUCAACCUUCUACACUGUGCUAUUAGUUUUGAAGAGUAUCGAAAGGUGUCAAGAUACAAGAUAGCCAAAGAAAUUUUGGAGAAACUCCAGGUUACACACAAAGGCACCAAGCAAGUAAAAGAAACAAGGAUUGAUAUACUCCUCGAUGCUAUGGGUACAACCUACUCGGAACAAACCCAAGUGAGAAAAAUCCUUAGAAGCCUCACAAAGGAAUGGGAAACAAAGGCCACUGUCCUAGCUGAGAGUAAUAACCUAAGUCCCAUAACCUAUGAUGAGCUGAGAAUGAAACUCCUUCCCUAUGAAACCACAAACACAAACCCAGACUCAAAGAAAAAGGGAAUAGCCCUUAAGUCAAGAGUUGAAUCAAAAGAAAGUGUGUCCAGUGGCAGUUUUUCAGAUGAUGAACUUGUGUUUUUUGCUAGGAGACUUAGAAGGCUAAUGAGGAACAAAGGCAAGUACAAGGGUUCAAGCUUAAAGGAGUACAAGAAAGACAUGAGUAAAGUGAUUUGCCACUAUUACAAGGAGGCUGGGCAUCUCAAGUACAAUUGUCCGAAACUAAAAAAGGAGGAUAAAGGAAAGAAAGAAAAGAAAAGAGUGCUCAUAGCAUCUUGGGAGGAUCUUGAGAACGACUUGGAUGAGAAAGAAGACUCCGAAUGCGAAGCUCAAAUCUGUUACAUGGCUGGUGAAGAUCAACUUGAUGAGGUAAAUUACUAUGACUUGUCCAUUGAUGACCUACGUGUUAUCAUAGAUGAUCUCACUUUAAAUUCUGAAAAAUUGUUGAUCAAAUACAAUAAGUGCAAAUCUGAAAAAGAAAUGCUGAAAGAUGAAAAUGAUUUUUUGAAAGAAAAGGUGAAGGAAACUAAAUGUGCUUUGGGUAACCAGGGUCAAAAGGAUGAUGAAAAAGGCCAAAAUCAUGAGAGUAAAAAUUCUGAACAAAAUGAAUCUGAAACUGCAGUUGCAGAAAAUCCUGUAGGAGACAAUUUUGUUUUGUCUCAUGAAUCUGGUGAUCAUCCUGAAACCAAAAGUUCAUUGAAUCCCUCAGUAAUCGAUUCUGUUACUAAGUCCACAAGACCUCGUAAGUGGAGAUUCCUCAAGAACUAUCCUUACGAAUUCGUCAUUGGGGAUGUUUCACAAGCAAUGGAGGAAGAGCUUCAUGAGUUUGAAAAGAACAAAGUUUGGAUAUUAGUUCCAAAGCCAUGUGACAAGAAAGUGACAGGCACCAAGUGGAUAUUUCGGAACAAGUUGGGUGAGGAUGGAAGCAUUGCUAGAAAUAAAGCAAGAUUGGUGGCACAAGGAUACAGCCAAGAAGAGGGAAUAGAUUUUGAUGAAUCCUUUGCUUAUGUCGCCCAAAUGGAAGCCAUAAGACUUCUUCUUGUUUAUGCUGCUUAUUGUGGUUUCAAAUUUUAUAAAAUGGAUGUGAAUGUGUAUUCUUAA